UCUUAUCUGAAUUUAUCAAUGGGUGUGCGUCUACACCAUUUAUUCGUUUCUCUGUACCCAAAACAUUGUAUUGCGGCUUACAAUUGUACCCAUUUUAAUUUCAACUAUACACAAUUCAACUAAUCGUAAUGUAGUUUAAUUCUAUAUACAGUGUUUUAUACUAUUACAAUAAAGUGUUUUUCUUCUGAAUAAUAAUGAAUCAGUUAAAAUGGUGACUUGUGAAUUGGAUAAGGAUAUUUCUGGCGAGGUUUUAGGUUGGAAGAUCCCGGCAUGGCAGGCGCUGUUGCUGAACAGAGUACUGCCUUCUUGCGGUGGGCUUAUUGUUUAUCUAAUAGUCAUAUGUUUCGACUUAACAUUAAUUGUUGAGCAUUUCCAAAACAAUGACAACGGAUUAGGAGCUAUUUGCAUAAUUCUGAUGAUUUUGCCGUCGAUAGUGUCAACGGUUUUCACCCUUGCCUCUCCCCCACCUGGCUUGGAAACUGAACUAUCUGGAUUCACGAUAAAUAUUGAAAAAAAUGAUGUCAAAUGGAUUGUGAUGCAGGUGGUCAACGCUAUAUUUUUUCCUAUAGCAGCUAUAGGGAGAUAUUGUUUCUUGAUAUUUUGGUGGGUGGAAGCUGUAUGUGGUUCGAGGGCGGGUGACAAAGAAAGAACGCAAGAAGCGAUACAGUUAGCUAGGGCUUCGUCUCCAAUGGAACUCUAUCUAUUUCUCCAGUCAUUCAUACAUUCAGCUCCACACGCAAUUAUUAAUAUCUUGUAUCUGAUGUCGAGAUUUAAUGACAUAACGUACGGCAAAGUAUCGGUUCAAUCAAUAAGUAUAAUCGCUGCUUCUCUUCGCAUGGCCAGUACUGCUACAAUUUACAGACGGUUCGAAAGAGAAAAGUUAUGCGGUCGCAAAUAUCCUUGGAGUAAAAAUGUUGAACAGGAUCCUUUAAUUCAUUCAAACGCAAACGUAAUGCAGAAACAAAUACCUGAAGAUCUUUCGGAAAAUAUUUAUGAAGCCGUUCCCAAAAGUGAAACUACAUAUUCUGACUCCAGAAAUCCAGUUAAAACAAACAGCGAUCUAAUACAGUUCUCGCCGAGGAACACUUACGAAUCCAAUUUUUAUGAUGACAUUUCAACAGAUUCACAUCUUAAUUUUGAUUAUAUAUCAUCGGUGCCAUCGUAUGGAUAUUCUCAAUCGUCGUCGGUUGAUAGCGAUGAAGAGUACGUCAAACCUGUUUCGAUUAUAGACCGGGUGGCACCGAGACGUCGGGGCACAGAAUACAAUAUAGAAAGAGUAAAUAUAACUCCACCUCCAAUAAUACCCGCGCCAAGGCCGGGCUCCAUCGCUGUUUGGGCUGAGAAGAUUGUUGAAAAUGCCGAAUCUAUACCAAGCUGGCUCUCCGCUCCACCACGGCGAAAAUACUGCGAAGAAGUGAUCAAAGAAGAGCCCGACAUUCCCCGUAAGCUACCCAUAACAUACAUGCGAGGUUUGGAGCCACAAGACACCACUGCCGCCUUGGUUAACUUUUUGGGUUGGUACUCGUUCUUUGUAAGUAGGUUGCUCUCUAUUGCCUGUUUCAUAAGUUUCUUUCCGUUUGUUGCAAUAAUAGUUCUAUUUUCUCACUAUCAGAUAAUGCUGUUAUUCUUGAUAGUUCCUCAGGCGAGUACCGUGAAGCGAGGAUUCUACUUGUUCCUAGCGUUUAUCUACUUAUUCUGUUUGAUGGAGUUCAAGAUACGUUUCCGGCACGUGCGCGUGUGGCAUGUGUUUUGGAUUAUUGUGUGUACUACAGAGACGGUUGUAUUCACGGGAGUCUGGGCCUCUAUAGACAAUACGAUGGAGGUUUGGUGGAAAUAUUUUUUAGUAAAAGUGAUUUUUAUUAGUUUGUUAUUGAGUUAUAUGUGCUUUUUAGUGUAUUUUGUGUUAUUGCAACCGCGGGAAACUAUUGUUUACUUUAAGAAUAAAAAUAAUAGUACGUAAUACCAAGAACAAUGUUUCAUGAGAUACAAAUAAAUCAAUUUAAAUUUCUACUGAACGGAAACGAUGUUUCUAUAAUCAUGGAACAGCCGGUUCCACACUAAUGCUUAUUGAAAACAAAAUAAACAAUUAAUCGAAUCAAUGAGUCUUUUACAAGCAUCACGUUCGAGAUACAGAUUACAACUUGUACUAAUAACAUAGGAUAGUUUAGUGAGAAUUAUGUCUCACAGAUUUCUUUUAAAGUCAGACAGCUGAAGUCUUACGAAAUUCAGCAACGCGUGGAGUGCUUAUUUUGUUUUAAAACAACGGCUUCCAGGGAUUUCGAAGAUACCAUACGUAAUGUUUUAACCUAUACUCUCACGUCGAACUGUAAAAUACAAAACCGACUCGACGCAUCCAAAAUAAACACCGUAAAGUUUUUAGGAAUACUUAUAGCAGUGCGAUUUUCUCAACAUCAUGGAAGUCAGCAUGAAAUAAAAGACACUUCGGAUUGAUCAAUUUGAUUUUUAUAAUAUUUCGUUGAUUUUUUGUUUGUAAUUGAGGCCGUCAGCGCAAAAGUGGCGUAAGCUCACCAUAGUUAGUAUGGAUAUAAUGAGGUUCGAAUUUACCUUUACAAUACUUCGUAGGCAAAAGAAAUACGCGCUAAAAUGACGUUUACAAAGUCAUCUGUUAUCUACAGAUGAAACUAGGGAUAGUCCGAUUUUGCAUCAAAAUUUAUUAUGUUUUAAAUAAAUUGCAAUACAUAAGCACGAAUAUGAAUUGUAGGUUAGGCCACUUUUGCGCUGACGGCCUCAAUUGUUUGAUCAUGUAUUCACCGAAGCACUGCUUUUUCUAGAACUAGUAUUAGGAAAUGUUUGCAUGUUGAGCCCCUUUAUCAUCCGGUGAAGCCAGACUAGACCCUCGAGGCUACCAAAUGGCAGUAGGUAAAAAAAAAUAGAUCUCGUAUUAAUGUAUACCAUUAAUAAUGUAUGUGAGCAAUAUAUUGAGUUAUUUAUAUUUUAAAACGACUUUAUAUGUAUUAAUCCUAUCGUAUGCCUAGAACGGAACGCUUUAACGGACAGAUGUUCACCAAUAUAAUAUAUUCCAUCAAAUAUACUUUAAUUUCAUUACUAAACGAAUAAUAAUAUUUACAAUCGUCAUUGUACAUAUUAUAUAUAUUAGUUAUGAAUGCUUGCACUUCUUGAAGAUAGUGAGGCAACUUUGAUUAAUAAACAACGCUUUUGAAUAGUUCAAAGAACAAUGUAAUGGUUGAGCCGAUCCUGACGGUUGUUAUUUUUGCAAAAUAAAUUUGUUGUUAAAAAGUUGUUAAAUUUUUAAAUAUAAGAUUUACUACGAAUAAAAAUUUUUGGAAAAUA